UGCACGUUUGCUGUUCUCCUCGAAGUAGUGUCGAUCGGUCGGUCGGGUUUGCUCCACUCCGAGCCACUAUAGGUGUCAUUCGUCAUCAUUCGUUCGGGCCGCAUAUUGCGAUCACGAAUAAAUUAAAGCUCGUCGUACUUAAAACCAGCCAGCUGGAGGUCUAGGCUAUAAAUACGAUCGCCGUUUCCUGUGCUGACGAUCAAAUCUAGCUGAACGGUUCCAGUGAUAGGUGCGGCGGUUUCGUUUCGCUGCUCCACUACCUCAUCGUGUUUCGUGGACGGAUUUUGUGGUGGAAAUCGUAGAAGGGCCUCGUUAGGAAAACGUGUUUUCUUUUUGUUGUCUGCUAGGCACUAGGUGCAAGGGCACCAGGCACCCCCCUUCUCACGCUUCAAAAAGGGUUUUAGUGAACAUGCAGUGCCGAUUUGUUGGAUUGUUACCGUUCUGCUUGUUGUUGUCGCUGACGCUCGGUGGUGUACCUUCGGUGCGAUCGGCACCGCAACCCAUCGAUUUUCUGUUGGGUGAUGAAGAGCUGCAGGCUGUGGUGAAGCCAAUUCCAGCGGAAACGACUACCGCGGUACCGACAACGGAGGAACUGCAGCACCAGCAGAAGAUUGACGAGGAUGAACAGCACGAAGAACAGGCGACAGUCGAUCCUGUAGAGGACGAGCAGCAAACGGAAGAUCCGUAUGAAGAUGACUACACGACGGAAGAGGAGGAACAAGAGCGUGAGGAUCCAGUGACCGAGGAACCAGAAGUGGAUGAGGAACCAACAACCGUGCCUGUGGCGGACGUACCGAAGGACGGUCCGGUGAAGAAUGUAACGGAAAAAGUUAAUCCAACAUCGCCAUCGCCACCACCAUCGACGACAACUUUGCCAGGAACUUCCACGGCACUUCCUCCCACAUCGGCCGAUGGAAGCGAGGAGGAUGGAAGCGGUUCUUCCGAGGAACAACUCACCGUGAACCCAAUUGUUGCUCAAGAGCCCGAAGAUCACGAUUCUACGGAACUCGCGCAAGAUGUGAACGAUUUCAUACAGGAUCUGGCCAUAGAGGCAAGAGCGCAAAGUAAGGAAGGUUCGAAAGCGGUGAAUCCCCCGGCACCAACGAGCCGUGUUCCGGUGGAACCGUACCCGAGAGAGGUAGUGCCACCAAUGCCAGGAUCUUCGGGUUACGUUCCAAAAACCCUAGCAAGCAGCGAAGAGUCAAACGAGCAGGAGCAGGUGAAAGUGAAUCCGAUCGUUGAACAGACUAACGGUCCAGUGUUAACCGAGGAACAGUACCGCACGCUGGUCGAUAAGCUGAACUGGUAUGAUCAGCGCCGUUUCACAGGUUUCAACCAGUGGCCAACGAAUAGCUUUCCGCAACGAUCGGCCGGGCUGCAGCGCGAUGAACGACAGCGGCUCUAUCAAAGUCACGGUUCCGAUAGUUUUCAUGGUCACAGUGGAUUUCACCGUGGGGUGUGGCAUUGACGAAGCGACACCAGAAGGAACCGGCCGAUUGACCUUGCCUUUCCGGUGAGCCACAAUAAAGCCGAAUCGAUUAAAGCUAAGAUUAUUGUUCCGCGAGAUGCGCGAUGAUGAUGCAGCGUGAAGUCAUCGUUGAGCAGGAGGAAGAUGCGCUAACCAUUAGCUUGAUACUGUGAUUGAAUGAAUGAAAGCGCGACGCAAUGCGGCCACCGGUAAUAAAGCGUAAUUAGUACGAUUAUUCACUGA